CAUAAACGUGCUAAUUUGCGUGCGAUAAAUCCAAAUUGGCGACGAUUAUGUAACGUUCCUUAAUCUCCCACACUUUGCAAAAAUUCUAAAAACCCACACCGAGAGCGCGAAAUAGUUCAAAGAAGGAGAUGUGAAAGUGCUCGUAGGAGAAAGCCUUAUCAUAACAGACUUACUUGGUGUUUGGCCUUACUGGGUCAGUAACAUGAAUUACAUCAGUUCCAACCUUUGUUGCUGUUUAUAUAGUUAGGUACCGGGACGUCUUCCGAUCAUUAGCUUAGCGAUUCGUAUAAGAUCAAACGGUUUUAUUUGAGUGCAUUGUGACCAUCAUGAGUAAGGUGAUAGUGUACGUAUUAGAUAAAUUCGUCUGGAUUUUAUUGGUUGCUGUUAUAACAACCCAAGCCCUUCAAAUCGCCGGUGUCGUCGAGGGACCGAAGACGUUGGGUGAAAUUACAUAUGAAAAGGAUAACGAAUUGGAAUUCAAAGUGACCGCCGGAAAUCCAAGGGGAAAACGGCAGUCAGAUGAGAGAUUCGCGCUCUUUGACAAUAUAUUUAACAUACCGAUCGCAACAUUAAACUCUGUAAACGAGUUGUUACAAGCUACGAGAAGGUUAAGAUUAAGUAAUCGCAACGCGGCCGCCGCUGCCGCAUCGAGUUACAAUUCGGGUAAUGCAAAUGCGAGCAGAGUUCCCAGGAAAACUAAAAAAAGAAAUUACUAUGAUGGGCCGCGUGUACAAGAAGAUGGAUCGAGCGCCCGUGUGCUCUUAAACAUUUAAUGAAGAGUAAAUGAGUCACGUUUCUCUUCUUUUCGUAUAAUUUAACAAUAAAAUAUUUUCAUUUUUAUAAAAA